AUGGCGCCGAGGAGCCCCAUCAUCGUUCCCACUGGGUUGAAGUUGAAUGCAUCCUCGAACUCCUCGUCCGCGUCUGGCGGUGCUCCUCCCACUGCUCCCUCGAGGCCGUCCCCAGAGCAGUAUGAACGCCCGUUAUUUACAUUCAUCGGGCAAGAUGAAGAGUCGACCUUGAAAGGGAGAAAGGGCUCUGAUACCCGAAAGAUGAUACGAUCACAUGUAAUGCGAGAUGUUCGCCGGCGAGAGAGAAUUGCCGGCCUCAAACGCGUGUCGAAAAAGGCGACUGCUAAGAAGAAUGAAUCAUCUUCGUCAGACAGCCCAUCAACCGCUGCCCGGCAUAGGGAGGGUGCCCUCGAAGUAUCCACAAUCGGGCCGUUUUCUAACAUGAAGCCACCGCCUUCGUGGAUCACGCUAAGGGGAUCGAGUCUCAAAGGGCCGCAUGUCUACAUAUUCCACAACCCUCUCGCGACCCCCAUAUAUCCUACUAUAGAUCCAAUGAACACCCUAAAGGGCUGCGAGGGCUUGGGCCAUGUAGUCAGCGGUCUGCUCAGUUAUAUCUCUACAACUCUCAUACCCAUGACCUUCCCAAUUGAAGCUAGGAAGGAUAGGGAAACGGGGAAACGGCUAGCCAUAAUGAUGGUCGCAGCCGUGUCAUCGUCCGCUUCAUUCUUCUCCCAGAUGACUCUCAGUGCCGCCCACAGAGCUAUUUUUGAACAACAUCACUCGAUAUCGCUGGCAGGCUCGGAUAAAGAAGAGGCCAUGCUACCGGAUUCUACCUUCUACGUCAUGAAAGCCAAGUGUAUAGCGGAAAUGAACCAAAAGCUGCGAGAUCCGGAUCCUAUGAAGGCGGUGGACGACACCGCGAUAGAUAUAGUGACCGGGCUUAUUUCUUCAACAUUAACAUUAGGUUUGUUUGAAGAAGCCAAGGUUCACUGGCAUGGCAUGAAGAAGAUCGUUGAUUUUCGCGGAGGAAUAUUAAACAUGGCCAUGCAAGGCUCCCGUGGUAUAGGAGCAAUUUUAACAUGUGAUCUCAAAGCAGCUAGCACACUAGUAAGCCGACCGAUAUUCCCAUUAGCCUGGCAACCUCAACCGCUUCCUCCCGAAGUUAAGGUAAAAGUCGAGCCUCCUCCAACAUCCCAAUUAUCCAACCUUGCCAAUACCCUGUGCGCAAACACACACCUCAGUCCAAAACUCGUGGCUAUAUUAUCAGAAGUCCGCGAUGUCUUUUUCUUUGAAGUUUUCAAUCGCACCGAUCCCUCGGGACUUACCACCACGGAGCACGAAAUGUUCCUCAUGAAAGGUCACGAGAUUGAAUAUGAGCUCUUGGAUUAUCCGUAUCGCAUGGCUGAAGCCCAGGAUCUCCCUGACAAGGAGAUAGUAAACAUUAACCCCAUAGAGUCUGUCACUCGACUUACAGCUUUAUCCUACCUCAGUUCCUGCUUCGUCGUCUCUCCACCCCAGUCUGGAACUGGCAGAGCUAUGACAAAAAAUCUGAAAGAUGCUCUCUCAAAAUGCGUUUCUACACCAUUAACCACACUAUCGUCGGAAGAUCUCUCCCUUCUCGCCUGGGUAGCGUUCAUCAGCAUUGCCAGCGCGUACGAUCCGGUCAUAAGGACGUGGCUGGUGGAAAUCCUGCACAACAUUGUGAUAAUCCAGAAGUGGGAGACUUGGGAGGAGGUUGAACCGAUCAUGAACGGGUACCUAUUUGCCUCCCAGUUGCAUGGGCAUAUCUGGAAGAAGAUAUGGUUCGAGGCCCAAUCAUUCAACGCUAUUAGGGAGGUCGAUGAAUAA